AUGGGAUUCGAUUACUGGCUGGUCCACUUGAUCUGGACACUUCCGCCCGCAACCCUACUGACAGCGGCCUAUUGGCCGUUCUUCACGAGACUUGAGAUUACCAAGAUACUAAUUCUAAUAAACAUCGCCGUUCUCUCCACCAUCCCAUGGGACUCGUAUCUGAUUCGCAAUCGCAUCUGGUCUUAUCCAGCCGAUGCAGUUGUCGGGCAUAAAUUAUUUGAAAUUCCAUUCGAGGAAAUAUUUUUCUUCAUCAUCCAAACAUACUGCACGAGCUUGCUCUAUGUCAUUCUCACCAAGCAUCUGGUACUUCCAGCUUACUUGCUGCCACGAAAGGGCAAUUUCACAAAAGCCAUUGGAUCUGCCAUAUUGAUGGCUGGAACUGGUAUUGGCAUUAUCUUCACAUCGAGCAAGAACCACUUGACAUAUCUUGGCCUAAUCCUAGUAUGGGCUCUUCCUGUGUUGGCCUUCCAAUGGCUUCUUUGCGGGAACUUCCUCCUCGCAUUGCCAAAGAGACCCAUUCUCCUCUCCAUAUUGUUGCCGACUUUCUACUUAUGGAUCGUCGACUCUCUCUCGCUCCAACGUGGCACAUGGGUGAUUGAACGUGGAACAAAAGUGGACAUUCAGCUUUGGGGGUCAUUAGAUCUGGAGGAGGCAGUAUUCUUUCUCGUCACCAAUGUCAUGGUCGUUCUUGGUCUGGUGACUGUAGAUCAUGCUCUUGCGAUGGCCGAGUAUGACAUGGUCAUGACCAAGCCGGCGGACAGCCAUCAAUCGUCGAUUGCCCAGAUCUUCUGGUCUUAUAUGACCAGUCAAUGGAGAUCUUUCGAUGUCCGGUUUCUCGAGGGGUUGAAUGCAGCCAUCGAAAAGCUAUCCCAAAAGAGUCAAAGCAUGUAUUUGGGUAGCGCGAUGUUCCAGGACAGACUGCGGAUUGACCUUGUUCUCCUGUACUCCUUCUGCCGUGUUAUCGACGACUUGGUGGACGAAGCUCCAGAUAGUAAGACAGCGCAGGCGAACAUCAAAGAAGCAUCUCAAGUUUUGCAUUGGCGUUUUUCAACGAAACGACCUACUAAACCUCUUUAUGAGUAUUUGGAAGUUGAGAAUGGUCCCGAGCAGACAAGCGCUUUAACUCCACUACUAUCCUCCAUCGCACUGCUGCCAGCCUCCCGUCUCACCUUGAAACCACUGCUUGAACUCUUGUCCGGGUUUGAAAUGGACCUUGGGUUCUCUGCUGAAAAGCAAGAAUUCCCAAUCACGACUGAAUCGGACCUGCAACUCUACGCCCAUCGUGUGGCGGGCACCGUCGCAUCUUCUCUCCUCGAGUUGGUAUUUAGCCACUACGGAAUGGACGAAAAUAAAUACGAUCGCGCUCAACAAGAGAGAAUCAUCAACUCUGGGCAGUGUAUGGGACAGGCAUUACAAUAUGUCAAUAUUGCCCGCGAUAUCAAGCGGGAUGCCGCGAUCAGCCGGGUUUAUAUUCCUUCUUCUUGGUUGGCGGAGGAAGGAAUCACCCCGACUGAUGUAUUAGCCAGUCCAGAUGAUGACAAACUCGCCAUAUUCGAGGAUCGCAUGUUACGCAAAGCGAAUGAUGCCUAUGAACAGAGCGUGGGAGCAAUCGAUGAGCUACCCAAGGAGGCUCGCGGGCCUAUUAAGACGACAAUAGAGAGCUACAUGAUGAUUGGGGGAAUGGUUCGCAAGAGGCGGCAAGCUGGAAUCAAAGAGGAAGGAAAGUUGAAAGUGCCUUUGUGGCGGAGGCUCCGGCUCGCGUGGUGGGAAAUGAGUGUCAGUCAUUCAUAA